AUGAUAUUUCACUAUGGUGGAGCGAACCCAGAGAGUUUAUCUUAGAUUCUUGGAUGUUCUUCUGAAGAAAUAAUAAUGAGAGCCUAGCCAGUGGUACUAACAGGGUGGGCUAUGUGUUUUAAUGGAAAAAGCAACUCAUGGAAUAAAAAAAGUACAGCCUCAUUAUUUCCAAUUGAUGCUUAUUAUACAAGAGGGUUUUGUAUUCAGCAUACUCUCAAAGAGAUAGAUAAGUUAAAUACAUUUUACGGCUACCCUAUUGUGCAUGAUCGGAUGAAAAUAAUUGUAACUGAGGUAGAUAGAUAUGCAGAUAAGCAGAAACCUGGGUAUGCGACGUUUAAACAUGAAGUUAAUUCGAGUAAAAUGACUGGUGAUCAAUCUGAGUUCUUCACUGGUGAGGAUACAUUGCUUAUAAAGAGGACAUUUGAAGCCAAAGCAUAUAUUAGGAAUGCUAAACAAGUUUUUGUUUACCCAGAUAAGACAUACUUAAUUGAGUGCUGCAAGAAUUUUUACACCCACCUACAAUUGAAAGGUGACGACCUUCGAUAAAUUAGAGAAUUCAUAAUAGAAGUGAGAAAGGCAGAUAACUAUAAAAUGGUAGAUGAAUUCCGAUAUCCGAUUAUCAAAUAACAAUGGCAGAAGUAUGGCUUAGGUUUGUGUAUAAUAAGUUAUUAGGGAGGUGCAAACAACAAUUUCGAAAUGAAAAAGAAUUAGACCAUCAAGUUCAUGAGGGAGAAAGUCAUUGAUAUUGAUGAAAAGGAUGCUCAAGUCUGGUAGCUAAUAACUGAUGUUCCAAAGAUCAAGUCUCCAUGGCAAUAUGUUUGUUUUAUUUUGAACGUGAUCAUUCCAGGUUUGGGAACAAUGAUUGUGAGUGGUUUCAGCCCAAAAUGGAGCAAGACAUUGUUCAUGGUGGGAGUAUUCUAGCUCUUCCUUGCAUACAUUUUAAUAGGAUGGAUCUUCUCUAUUUACUGGGGAAUACUUAUUGUUCGUAAAAGUUGGGAAGAUCAGGCAGAGCUAUAGAAUUUCCUUGAGAAAACUAAUGUUAGAAGCGAUCAGCAGCAACCUGCAUAAUCAUAUGCGCGUCUGAGAGAAUUGUUCUCUCUUCCUAAAAAGGAAGUCAUCUUUGAUGAUUUCGGGUGCUCUUACAAUAGUGGCAUCCUGCACACAGGCAGGAUGUACUUGACAGAGAACUAUAUCUGCUUCUAUUCUAGUAUCAUGGGUAUCACCAAAAGAGUCAUAGUACCCUUGAAUGAUGUUACUUAAGUUAGUAAAGCUAAAUCUCUUGGCAUGAUCAAGGCAAUAAAGAUCUAUACUCAGGCCUAAGCAGGCAAAAAGAGCUCUUAUAAGUUUCAAUCAUUCUCAGAUUGCAACAAAACCUAUAAGAUAAUUUAAAAGUUAUGGUCAAAUGUCUCUCCCUAUGCACAACAAAAUAAAGAUGUGUCUGAGGAGGAAGAUGAUGAUGAUGAUAAUUAAAGUUAGAUGAGUAUGAGCACAGUUACUAGAGGUACUGAGUUAGCACAGACUUAAGAUAAGCUCAACGUGUAGGGUGGAUAACUUGAUUCAUCUAUUGAUGGCAAAUAAGAACCAAAGAUCAUAAUUUCUAAUGAUAAUAACUCAAGCAUUCUUGAAAGAUCCUUAAGCCACAGAUUAAGUGGAUCAGGAAUAAAUAAUGAGGAAAUUAAAUUAGAUCAAUAGCCUUCUGCAAUUGAUGAUUAAAGGACAUUAAGUGAUGGAUUGAAUGGAAAUAAAAAACAAACUGAUGAAAAACAGGGUGUCUAAGUAGAGAAAGCAUAAGGCUUGAAUGAGUUAAAUGAGAGGAGUAAGUAAGGUAAAGAUAAGGAAAAUCCCUUUGAGUACAUUACUAAGGAUGAAUUGGAAAAACUUUUAGACCCAUAUCCGGUAGGCGAGAAUAUGAAUGAGAUGGAAAAGAUUUGCCUUAACAUGGGUGCUUUAGAUUUCUUCAACCAAGUUGCAGUUCAUUCUGGAAUUCAUUCAUUUGAGAAGUUUUAUGCUGAGAAAGGAGAACAGAAAAUAUAAGCUCAGGAUUGGGUUAUACCAGAACCGGCUGAGGAAUAUGAUGGGAAGCCUGUCCAAAUGGCAAGUUAAAUGUUUGUGGAAUUCCAAAUUAAAGAUAACCCAUUUGUCAAAGUUUCCCCAACAACUAAGUACUACAAGUUAUUAGAGAAAACUGAUCAAAAGGUAUGCUUUAAAAUCCUCAGUAAAUGUUCAGGCGUUCCCUAUUGCGAUACCUUUGCCAUUGAGGAGGAAUUUCUGAUAUUGGCUCCUUCACCUGGUGCACCAAUUUGUGUGGUCAGAAUUAUGAUGCAAGUUAUCUACUACAAAUCAACUAUAUUCAAGUCAAAGAUUACUUCUUCUUCAAUCAAAGGUUCGAAAGAUGUCUGGACUGAAUGGGUUGAAUGGUUCAAGAGAAAAGGACUUGCUUUUAAAGAGAAAAAAGCUCCCUAGGCAGCUAAUAAGUUAAAGCAUGGCAUUGAAAAAUCAAAUAAGUUGUUUGAAAAGAAAAACGAUGAACCUGCUGAAGCUUAGAAGUAGGUUUAGAAGAAGAACUUUAAAGAUAAAUUAGAAAAUAUUGUCAACCAAGCAUAGCUCUAUGCUUCUGAAUACAGAGUUGAAAUACUUCUGUUUUUGAUAAUGCUCUUCUUGAUUCAAGUAAUUUUAAAGUUGAAUUCACUCGAGUACCAGCUCGCACAACUAUCAAAUAAUAACACAAAUUGCUCAUAAAAUCAAUGA